GCAAACUGAUGCAAUCCAUAAGAUCAAUUGAUUGGGCGGUCCUGCUCGAACUGCUGAGCGCUCGUUCUUGCCUUGCAACUAUAAAUGAACCGAGGCUUGCCAGAGUGUCGACUUACUGAGACAUGUCGCCCCUCACCGUAGCUGACGGAGAGUUAAUCGGCUUUGUGCUACAAACCGUAGCUUAUGGUAUAUCGCUCCCAUUAUCAGUUGCCAGCAUCGUUCUCCUUCUCCGAAGAUCAGGGCGGCAAGCCGUUGACACGGACAAGCAUUCUCGGUCCCGGUAUAUCCUUGUAUGGGCCGCCGUGGUGCUUACCUUACUAACCACUGCCCAUUGGAUCAUCGACGUUGAUCGGAUUUACACCGCUUUCUUGCUGGACAUUGACAAACCAGGCGGCGCCAUAGCCUCCCUAGGUCGCCUUUCUGAUGCAAAAUAUGUAGCUCGCAGUAUUUUGUUCAUCCUGGAAGCCAUCGUCUUGGAUAGCCUUCUCGUGUACCGAGUGUACUUAAUAUGGAACAAAAACAUAUCCGCCGUCUGUGCUCCUUUGCUAUCGACCCUUGGAACAUUCGCGGCUGGCAUGGGGACGGUGCAGAAGCUGACUACAAUUCGCCCCGGGGAAGACAUCUUUCUGGAUUCUACAGGCGUAUGGAUAGCUGCGUCAUUCUCGUUGACCCUCUGCACGAAUGUUAUUGCGUUAGCGCUCGUCGCCUACCGGAUUCUUGCAAGAGAACGGAAGAUGAAAUGGGUCAUCGGGGCCGUCACGCUAAGGCCGAUUUUUCAAGUACUCCUCGAAGGAGCGGCACUUUUCAGUAUCUGCAAUAUGACGACGAUCAUAACCUACGAGCUGAAAUCCAAUGUCCAGUCAAUUUCGGUCAAUUUGACCAGUCCUAUCAUUGCCAUCUCAUUUUCGUUGAUUACCAUCCGAGUGACAUCGGGCUCGGUUAAAUCAGCCGUUUUUGCGCCGCGCCCUCAAAGAUUAGGUCUAGGAAGCUCUGCCUUGCAAAACAGAUAUCCUAUGGAAGUGCGUGUUACCAGCGAAGAUGCGUACAGCGAAGAUGCACGCAGGAAGAGUUGCUCCAGCCUCAAAUUCACACCUGUAACGGACACGUGUUGUCGGGAUAUCCGGACGUCAAAGGCCCAAGUGGAGGUCUGAUAGUUUGACAGUUUAGCUACGUUAUCCCGAGUGUUUUCCUCGUGUUCCGUUC